AUGGCGGGCAACGGGCCGGGUAUGCUCUAUGUGACAAUGCAGCCCCGCGAAGGCCUCUCGCUGGACCAGUUCCACGAGUGGUACAACAACGAGCACGGACCGACACGCCUGCGACUGCCGCACAUCUUCACCAACGGCCUACGCUAUAGGGCCAUCGACGGGGAGCAGCCACACUUCUUGGCUAUCUACGACGUCACGAACAUGGCUCACUUGCUGACUCCGAUCUACACGGACCUGCGCUCUAACCGCACGCCGCGCGAGGCCGCCACCAUCGGCCAGGUCGAUGUCGACCGCAAGUUCUUUGACCUCGUCGCCACCCAGCAGAGCCCUGAUUUCGUGCCGAGCGAGCAGCUGACCGACGAAGAAGCAGUCGGCCGUGUGCUCGUGUCCGUCGAGGUCUCGCUUAAGCCGGGCGUAGAAGGCGCCCAGGAAGCUGUCACCAAGUGGUAUGUCGAGGAGCAUCUGCCCAUGCUGUCCAAGGUCCCCGGCUGGCUGCGCAGCCGCGUUUAUCUGACCCCAUCGGCUGUCGAGGGUACCGCCAACGAUGCGCGCAUUGUUACUCUGCACGAGUACACCAAAGAGAACGGGCUGGGCGGCCCUGAGCACAAGGCGUCAAUGACCACGUCAUGGAGGGACGAGAUCUUUUCCAAGUACAUCGCCAACAAGGGGCGUCGCGUCUACGAAUUGUUCUAUGUCUUUGGCCCGGGCCCACGCGAGCUUUAUUCUCUUUCGAGAUUGCCUGCUUCUGCUGCUUUCUCGACAGCUGAUGGUCUCAUUCGCACCACUCCUGGAGAGAAGACUGCGGCGAUAGACGCCUUCGUCAACACCGUCGAUGGCCUGGCCAUUCCUUAUCGUCUGGAGGGCAACCCGUCCCCCGAUGCGCCUACCGUGGCCUUCUCUAACUCCCUCCUCACUUCCCUCAACAUGUGGGAUCCCCUGGUUGCUAUCUUCAAGGAGAAGCGCCCCGAUCUGCGCAUCCUGCGAUACAAUACCCGUGGCCGUCACGACGUGCCUACCCCCCCUGUCCCGGCCACAAUGGACAUGCUGGCCGACGACCUGAACACACUGCUGACGGGUCUGCGCAUUCCCAAGCUGCACGCCCUGAUCGGUGUGUCUAUGGGUGGCGCCACGACGCUAAAGUUCGCGCUCAAGUACCCCCAGCGGCUGGAGCGCUUCAUCGCCUGUGACUUCAACGUGGCCUCGAGCGAGGCAAACACUGCGGCUUGGAAGGACCGCAUUGCAGUUGCCGAGAGCACCGACGGCGGUAUCCGCAAGCUAGCGGGCCUGACGGUCGAGCGCUGGUUCCAUCCGCACACCAUGGCCAACAAGAAGAGCGUGGCCGACUGGAUGACGGAUAUGGUGGCGACCAACAGCGUGCAGGGCUUCCGGUGGUCGUGCCAGGCGCUGUGGAACUACGACAUGCGCGAGGAGAUGAAGAAGAACACCAUCCCUGGUCUGUUUGUCGUCGGCGAGGGCGAUGCCAAGGGCGUGCUGGUCAAGGCCAUGGAUAGUUUCAAGGGGUUGCUGGGCCCGUCGGGUGCUGAGCUCAAGAUUGUACCGCUGGCAGGACAUCUGCCCAUGUGUGAGGCGCCCGAAGAGUUUUGGGAGGCCAUUUCUGGGUUCUUGUGA